UUGUGGCCCUGCAAAGACAACGCCAUCACACUCAUCAGCUACAGCGAGGGAGUGGGGCAUCACGAAGAUAGCGCUGGAUUUCUGCAAGCUAUUUGGCCAUUAUUUUCACAAAAACUAUAAGCGUCUGUCUCAUCUACAACUGCAAUGGAAUACAUUCGUCCGGUUAAUUAAACACCUUCGAAUCGGGCCUGUUUUUUGUUGUUGUUGCGCUGCACAAAGCAAUGUGGAGUAAAUAAAUAUCCUGAUACGCUGAAACCAGAGAAUAUAGAUGAUGGGCUGUGUGCAAUGCAAGGAUAAAGAAGCAACGAAACUCACGGACGACCGAGACACCAGCAUCUCCCAGAGUGCCGCGGGCUACCGCUAUGGCGCCGACCCCACGCCACAGCACCAGCACUACCCCAGCUUCGGGGUCACCGCCAUCCCAAACUUCAACAACUUCCAGGCCCCCGUUGGCCAGGGGAUAACGGUUUUCGGGGGGGUCCACACCUCCUCCCACACAGGGACCCUCCGCACCCGUGGCGGAACAGGAGUCACCCUCUUCGUGGCACUUUACGACUACGAGGCCCGAACAGAGGACGACCUCAGCUUCAGGAAAGGGGAGAAGUUUCAGAUCAUCAACAGCACUGAAGGGGACUGGUGGGAUGCUCGUUCCCUCACCACCGGUGGAAAUGGCUACAUUCCCAGUAAUUACGUGGCUCCAGUGGACUCCAUCCAGGCUGAGGACUGGUACUUUGGGAAACUGGGCCGGAAGGAUGCAGAGAGGCAACUUCUGUUCACUGGCAAUCCCCGCGGCACCUAUCUCAUCAGGGAGAGUGAAACCACUAAAGGUGCCUUCUCCCUGUCCAUACGAGACUGGGAUGACGUAAAGGGGGACCACGUGAAGCAUUAUAAGAUCCGUAAGCUGGACAGCGGCGGUUACUACAUCACCACCAGGGCUCAGUUUGAGACCCUGCAGCAGCUGGUACAGCACUACUCAG